AUGGCGGUGGAUGAGAACUGCAGCCGCCUGCUGACGCGGCAUGGGCGGUGCCUCAAGGCGGCCUCCUUCGAUGCGCAAGAGGCCUGCAAGACACGGAAGCCCUCGCGCACCCGCACCGCUGCGGACGGAAGCGGCCUGCGCCGUUUUUUGCCCUCCGCGCAUGCGCUGCUGCGCUGGCCCCUCUUCUUCUGCGCCUGCCUCGUGAUCUCCGUGGUGCUCCACCUCUACUUCGCCAUCCGCGCCUUGAUCCACGCCUCCGAGUGGCUCUUCGCGCCCUCCGCCACCCGGCGCGCGCGCCGCGCCAUGCUGCGGGCGCACAGGCCCGAGGAGUACACGGCUGCGGCCCAGGCCUUGGAUCAGGCCAACGGCCUGGAGGAGUGGAAGAGUCGGCCGCAGUCCCGGUACUACGCCUGCGAGGUUUUGGCCUCGGUGCUGGUGGAGAUUGUGGAGGCGCGGGAGCACGCGAAGUGGCCCAAGCUGAUGCGAGUGCUGCAGAAGUGCCUGCAGGACGUGAACUAUGCAGGGCACUUGAACGAGCUGCUCUAUGCCAAAAGCUUCACCGGCACCAAACACCUGAUUGAGGACUACUGUGAAGCAGUGGCCGGUGGACUAGAGGAUCUGCGGCAAGAGGUGCGCAAGGCCAACGACACAGACGACAAGGACUUCCUGGCGGCUGCCCAGCGUUUCACGGAGCUCUCGGUGUGUACCUUGGGCCGCACCGCGCUGUGUUUGUCCGGCGGGGGAGCCAUGGCCUUCCAGCACUUCGGGGUGGUGGAAGAGCUGCUGCGCCGGGACUUGCUGCCCAAGAUCAUCAGUGGCACCUCCGGGGGGGCUGCCAUUGCCGCCUACGUGUGCUGCCGCACGGACGAGGAGUUGUUGGGCCAAGUGGAGCGCGAUCAAUCGCCUUUCCGGAACUACCCUCUGGCGUUGGACCCAGAUGAGAUCCAGCCCUCCAUCACGCUCUGGGCUGGGAGUUGGUAUGAACGGCUGCGGCACUACUUCCGGCACGGCUGCGUCUUCCCCCGGGAGCCCAUCGAGCGCUGGGCGGAGACCUGGGCCCUGGGGGAUACCACCUUCCUCGAGGCCUUCCGACGCAGCGGCCGGGUUUUGAACAUCACCUGCAGCAUCGUGGCGGUGGACAGUAGCGAGCAGGUGCCGCUGCUCUUGAACUACCAGACCCAUCCCCACGUGCUCAUCGCCUCGGCGGUGAUUUGCUCCGGCUCCAUGCCGGGGCUUCUGAACCCCAGCAAGCUCUUGGAGAAGUGCCCGGACAGUGGCAUCGUGCGUCCUCAUUGCGAGCGCCAAACCUGCUACGCGGAUGGCUCCAUCGACUUUGAUAUUCCCUCCUUGUCUUUGUCACAGGCCUUCGGCGUGCGCUACACCGUGGCGGUGCAGGUCAACCCCCACGCCCCUGGGGCCGAAGAAGAGGAACUGUGGUACCACCCCCGGGCCUGUGCUCCCUUCAUGAAAGCGGACAAGAGGGUUGUGGAGAACUAUUUCCCUUUGGAAGCCUUCUGCUAUGAUUCUGGCGAAGCUGUAACCCGCGGGGCCCCGCGGCCGCGGCUUCGCAUGGAGCCUGCCGUGCCGGGCGUGAUGGACGUGGAGCCAGAGCCUGAAGAGGCCGAGGAGCUGGCGCGGGAUCUGGAUGAACACUUGGUGUGGCGGAAGAAUGCGCCGCUCUUGUACGACCUUUACAUGGAAUGCAUCCUCACCUGGCCCGCGCAGAGUAUCGCCUGGCUGGCGGACGAGGAGUCUUCCUUGACCAAGCUGGCGCUGGGCUCGCGCACGGACGGAUCCGAGCCGUGCCGAGUGAUGGUGCUGGAGCUGUCGUGCCAAGUGGCGGAGGCGGAGUCGGACCCAUGGAGGAGCUGGGAGCUGCCGCUGGGCCACGCCCACGGCUUCGGGCUGAAGGGCAUCAGGGAGGCGCCGCCCAUCGGCGUGGUGUCCGAGAUGGUGGUGGACUCGGAGGUGAACCGCCUGGCCGCCUGCCCCACCUCCUCCCACCUGCUCGCGGUGAAGGGCAGCUGUGGCACCGUUUGGCUUUUUGACCACCGGGAGCCUGCCGCGCCAAAGACCGCCUUCCGCACCGGGGAGGAUGUAGAAGGCUAUGCUCUGGCUUGGAGCUCGGAGGGCCUCAUUGCCACGGGCAACAAUGAUGGGCGCCUGAUCCUUUGGAGCGCGGCGACACCAGCCCACCCCACCUGGCAGAUGCCCAAGACACACGGUUCCGGGGCUCUGAACGACCUGGGCUUCGCAGCAAGUGGCGCUCAGUGUGCCACGGUGGGCGAGGACAACCAGGUGGCGGUCUGGGACCUGCGGGCGAAGUCCAAGGCCUUGAGCCUGGCUGCCCCGGCGGAGCAGCUCACCGUGGACUGGAACCCCUGGGAGCAGUUGCUGGCCACAGGGGGCAAGGACAACCUGGUGCACAUUUGGGACCUCCGUGCUUGCCAGGCGCCUCUGAAGUCCUUGGCAGAGCACCGGGCCGAGAUCCAGCAGCUCAGGUGGUGCCCCAUGGCGGAGGAGCGAACCUCAGGCAUCGCCACCAAGGACUUGCUGGGCUCCUGUUCCGCCGACGGCAAAGCGGUGGUGUGGAACCUGGGCGGCACCGAGCCGGAUGACGGGCAGGCGCCCGAGGUGCUCUUUGUUCACAGCGGGCACCGUGAUGCCGUGACCGACUUCGGGUGGAGUUUCUUGGACGACUUCCUCUUCUGCUCGGUGGGCGACGACAACGCGCUGCAGCUCUGGCAGCCCGCCGCCGCCGCCGUGGAGCCGGAGAACGACGGGCCGAACGACGGAUCCGAUGCCGGGGCGGCACCGGGGGCGAAGCGCCCGCGCCUGGUGACGCCCUUCAACUUCGCGCUCCACGGGGAGGCGGGGCGGCCCAUCAGCUGGAGCAGCCCAAGUGGCCGCGGCUCCUGGCGGGGGGGCUUCAUCCUCUGCGCCCUGGAGGUGGUGCUGAAGGAGAGCUUCCGAUCUGCCUGGAAGGUCAUGGGCUUAUUGCAGCUUCUGCCACGCUACUUCGGGUGCAAGUGGGACCUUUUCUUCGCCCAAGUCUAUGAGGGCUCUGUAACGCUCAGCACAGAAAACGGCUACUUUUGGAAAUGCCUGAACGCUCUGGAGAAUCCAUGCCCUGAGGCAUUCAGAUACUGGUGGCGUGAGGGGCAAGUCAUGGCCUGGCAGAAGAUCCCCUUGCUGGAGAAGCGGCUCCGAACGGAGCACGCGCUGUGCCGCCUGGAGCACGAGCUGGUGGCGGAGCCGGAUCCCCCCUGCCAGGUGGGCCGCGCCUUGUCUUUGCGGCGCCGCUCCAGCCUAAGCAGCACGAGGUUGGAGACCUGA